ACUGAAUCUUUCAAUAUUUACUAUCAGUCGGUAUUUUGGCCUUACGCGAUGAUGCCUGACAAAGAGAGACCUUUUCUAUGCAGUUACAGAGCUCUGUUUUUAAUAAUUACUAUUCUUUUACUGAAUUAUUUCCCUUGUACUGGUGCACAAAGCGGAGCAGUCUAUUUCCCGGGCCCGGGAAAUGUCGGUAUCACAGGGGAAACAUGUUGCUGCAAGAAUGGCGCAUGUGGUUAUGCUUAUUACGGCCUGCGCUAUGGGACUGCACAACGUUUUUAUCAUGCAACCGUAAAUUCUGAUUUCGCCUAUUUGAAAAACGCAACCAGACCGCAACUGGGUAUGGUUUGUCCACAAAAUGCUACACUGCCUGUGCAAGGAAUGGGCGGAAAAAUCAUGUCGGAAGAUUGCCUGUUCUUGGACAUUUACGUUCCACCGGUUACUACAGCGAAUUCGACUUCCGGUUCUUCUUCUAGGCAACCAUUACCCGUACUUAUAUAUAUUCAUGGCGGAGAGCUACAAGGUUUCUUACGUACUUCCCCCAAAUACCAACAAGGGAACUAUGGGCUGGGAGACUGUAAGUUAGCCAUUACAUGGGUUUCAUCGCAAAUUCAUCUUUUUGGUGGUAACGCAAGCGCCAUGACCGUGAUGGGAGAGGGCGCCGGAGCGGCUUUAUUGUCAACACUGCUGUUGACCUCACGACCGUCACCGCCGUCGGCAGGUCACGGAAUGGCUGGUUUCCUCUAAAUCUCCUCAAAUUAUGUGCAACAUCAAACAAGUUUUAUGUGAACAGCUUUAUUUCGCUCGGCGAUUAUGCUCGGGGGCAGUGUGCUGAGUGAUUCUCUGUACCGACCAGACCCGGAACAUGACACUUUUGAGCUGGCCAGACGAACGGGCCACAGCGUGAACAGUCAGACUUCAGUUGCCUAUGUGGCCUACCAGAUGUUCCGUUAUAAAAAAUUCUCGGAAAUUAUCAGAUAUGCCGUCUGGAAUGUCAGCGAACCGACAGUACCGUACGGUCUUGUAAUCGACAAGAGCUUCCUAAUCGACACUCCGUUCACAGCUCCGCUUCGCGGUCAACCGUCUGGUUAUAUUCUCACCGGUUAUUCCCGGAAAAACGUGGAAUCACUGCUGAAAUAUGCACGACCCGAAUUAUUUGAUCAAAAAACACCCCUGAAACUGGAGAGACUGCGGGAUCUCGUUGCCCGGUGGUCUGCUGUGGAGACAAAAGGCGGUUUAGCUAACUGUACAACGUACACUAGUGAUGCUGCUCAAGGGCCUAUGCAGCGCUACACCAUUCGGAAUCCUCAAGAUCGCAAUGAUACGCUUAGCAAGUUACUGCAGCUAAUUACGGAUUCGCGGUAUGCCUAUCCUUCGGUGAGGGAAGCAUUGAGGAUCAAUUCAAGAAACGCUCAACUAUUUCGGAUCGACUAUGAUCAUGAACUGGAUGGAUUCGGAUCAUAUUCUCCCAAUGUCAUGCAGCUAUCCAGCCCAAUUUUUGGGAGUUCCACUGCUAUGGAAUUUUCUCCAGAAUACGUUGAAGGUUUGCGUGACAUGUUGCGGCAGGUGGUUCACAACGGGCAAAUGAAAGGUUCGUCUUAUCAGGUAAAUGGUGAGUACCUGCAAAUGAAUCAGACUGGACACUGGAACAGUAUCACAGACGGGAAACCUCGGGAGGUUUUCCAGUUCUGGGACAGCAGAGCCCAGCAUGCGGAGCCGUGCGUUAAAAUUAACAGCUGUUCGUUGAUAAGAGUUUUGAAUACUUCGAUCCUUGGUUUAACCAAAUAUAUGGUUAGUGUUUUGUUAGCCAUAAAGCUAUUAAAAUGA